AUGCAAGUCCUCGCAACUCUUGCUCUGAUGGCCACCGCGGUCAUGGCCAACCCCGUCGCCACCGCGCCCAAGGAAUUCCACCUCAAGACCGCAGGCGCCAGCAACGCGAAGCACAAUGACCUCUUUGUGUACGGCUACCACACCGGUGCCGGACUCAACGACGCCGUGCUCUCCGAGGACAGCUCGAUCGCCAGCGCCUUCUAUCUCAAUGGUACCACGGCCUUGGCUGAUUUCAAGACCGAGUUCCCGUGGGGCGUGAUCGCCGUGGGUGACACCAACUAUGCCUCGUGGGAGCCCGUCGAGAUCAACGUCGGCUCGGGCAUGGAGGGAUUCUCCAUCGACAACGGCAACUUUGUCUUCUCGGAAGAUUAUGGCUUUGGUGGCUGGUUGGUCUGCGACUGGUACCACAAUGCGCCCCAGCUGUUCUACCUGAACCGCUACUACAAGCCCACCAUCCCUUCCAGCUGCAGCACCGUGCAACUGAAGGCCAUCUCCCUUUAG